AUGUCUGCAAGAUUAUUAACAGCAGCCUUUAGAGGAAUUAACAUUCAAACUUAUCCUGCAUCAAUUUAUACUUUAUCUACAUAGAAUGAAUAAUAAUAACUGGUGAAAGUUAUAGUUCCAAAAAAUCUCUUUGAGAUGCCAGUCGUUCACUAUGCUGAUUAAUCCAUAGCUAUACUUGAUAAGAAACCAACUCCUAAAUGA